AAGUGAAUAUGCGCUUUGGUGUGAAAAAUGUGCUUUUCAAUUAAUUGAGUGAAGUUGCUUUUAAUUUCGGGAAAAUUUGUCUUAAAAAAUGCUCGCCAUUCCGAAUAUUCUUGAUCUACCCUUGGAUUUAAUCAGCUUGAUAUUUUCGCACAUUCAGAACUUGGAAGAUCGACUGCAAUUGGCCCAAGUUCACUCCACACUCGCCAAUGGCUUCGCCUAUUACGCCUCUAAUGCCCACCGCAUGCUCGACUGUGACGAACUGCCUAUUUCGUACUGGUCAAAAAUAUUGUACCACGCUGGGGCAUCCGUUCUCACCAUUACAUUGCGAAACAAGGCCCAUAUUGUGGCUCUACUGAAGCUGGCCUCCGAUCAUUGCCCCAAUGUGGAGGAAUUACAAAUUCCGGUACGAUCCGAGUUUUGGAGUGUCAUCGUCCCAUUGCUAUUGUCACUGAAAAAAUUAUGCCGGAUUGGACUGCGGAACGAUUUUCGUGCGAUCGAUUUCAUCGAUACGUUGCAUGAAUUUCCAGGGCUAAGGAGUUUGUUUCUGAUUGGUUUCCCCAAUGAAAGUUUGAUUCGAGUCAAUGAGUUGCGUAAGCUAACAUCAUUGCGUAUAGUCAAUAGCGAACCGAUCGAUAUAUACGCAUGGUUUGCCCCAUUGAGAAACUUAAUAACAUUGGAAGUGAAGGUCGGUUUUGUUAAAUGUCCGGACCAUUUGGAUGGCAAACGACUGUGGCCAAAAAUGAAGUAUCUCAACUUUACUUAUGGCAUUUUUCUAUCCGAAUUGCCAUAUCUGCCGAAGCUUAAACAACUGGGCAUUGCCGAAAUUUUGCCAGCUAUGAAACUUUCCCAGAUGUUUGGCAAAUCGCUGUCAAAGUACGCAAAUACUUUGCGUGGAUUGCGUAUACUUUACGACAAUCAAACCAUCGAUGCCGACGAUGCAAAGACCAUUUCCGAAUUGAAGGCACUGAAACAUGUUUUCCUACCGGGCAUCAGUAAUAGAUAUAUUGGCCUCCUCAAGUCUGAUCAGCUGCAGGAGCUGUAUGUGCGAGACUCGAACCAUCUAACCAAUUCGGGCAUUCUGCGUGUGCUGCGUGGAUGCAAGAAUUUGCGUGUCAUCGAUUUCUUUGGUUGUAAAUACAUUAAUAAACACGUGGUUGGGCCGGCCCUCAAGAUUCUAAAGGAGAAUGGCGUUAAGCUCGAUAAUCCAGUGGAAUUGCGCGUAAAUAUGGAAUUUGGAAAUCAUAUUUCUCUCGAGGAUCUCAAGUUGUUGAUCAUCACACGGUCAACAGCUGAUGGGCAACUGAUCUAAGAUAUCUGAAACCGACGAAAUUAUGAUAAUCAUUAAUAAUUUUUUUUUUUUUUUAAGUUUUGUUAAAAUAUUUUUUAUUGAGACUGACUUUACACAUUCUUUGAAUUUUUUUAAACAAUUGACAUAACUUAAUCACAUUUAAGCAACCCCUUCUGCAGAAGAGGCUAAUGAAAGGUAAAAGAAACUGAAAAUUCAAUAACAAAAAAACUUGGAUAUAUUUGUUUGGGACAUAUGUAUAAAGUUAAUU